AUGAAUAACAAUAACAAAAACGAUAGGGCCACAGACAGAUAUCUCCCCAUUGAGAUAAUUAUGGAGAUAUUAAGCAGGGUUCAUGCGAAAACUUUAGGUCGUUGGAAACUUGUCUGCAAGUUGUGGCGUGCCAUUAUACAGGACAACAAGUUCUCGAAGUUGCAUGGAAAAAAUGCCGAACUGGAGAUCGUGUACAAGGAUCUGAACAGAACUGCGAAUGAUCUAAGAAAUGAAACAUUCCUAUUCCUCCAUUGUGUCGACGGUGUGUUUUUGGAGGUGUCUGAUUUGACUGGAAAUCUCCAAUUGAGGAAUCCUUUAACCAAGCACACGCUUCCCCUGCCUCAAGUUCCGGACGGAGACGGCGAAGAAUUCGAUCUCAUGAGGAUGUUUUACCUUCCAAAAACUGAUAAUUACAAGAUAAUUUGCUGUAAAAAUGGAGGCGGUUUCUGGGUUCUCACUGUUAGCAUGGAUCUCCAUUGGAGAGCCAUUGAAGAAGCUGAUGAGCAAGGUGUUACAUUUCCGGCAUUAUCAACUGUGGCAGUUGUAGAUGCAGAUGAUGUUUACUUCCUCAUUAGGCCAACAGAUGAUAAUAUUUCGCCUGGACAUUUUUUCUCCGAUGUGGUCUGCCUGGAAGUGGAAACUGAAACGUUACUAUAUACCCAAUGUCCCAAGACAUUUUGGCAGACGGUUGGUCCCUUUUCCUGGAAUCAGAAGUUGGCUCUGGCCUCUUUCGAGAAGGGAACGGAACUGAAUCUGUGGGUACUGGAAGACUACAAGAAAUCAGGGAAAUGGUCGGAAAUGAAGAUACUACUUCCUUCGACAUUGUUUGGCGAUUUUCCACCGGAACUCAUGAAUCUUAUGCCAAUUGCAGAAGAAGAUCACUGGUUGUUGCUUCGCCGAGCAGAUCACUGUCUCCUUGUAUAUAACACUAAAACUGGACAAGAACAAGCCAGGCUCGUAAUCCCGGCCGGGAAAUCGUUUCGGUACAGUUAUGUUCCAUCCCUGUCGACUCUGAACGGGAAUCUAAUCCCUCCAGAAGGAGCAAGAAAUCAUGUCUUCAGUUGCUUCACUGAUCACCAGUUUUCCCUUCGUGGUGGACUCGCGUGCUGGAGAUUGCUUCUGUAUAUACGCGAUUUCCAAGCACAUUUUCGCAGCCAGUUGAGGCCUUUCCCUGGAAUCAGAGCCAAUCUAGAGAAAAGAAUGGAGCUCCAUGUGUGGGUACUGGAAGACUACAAGAAAUCAGGGAAAUGGUCGGAAAUCAAGAUAUUACUUCCUUCCACGUUGUUUGGCGGUUGA